AUGGAACUUAAUGAUGAAAAUGAAUCAUGCACUGUAAACAUACCUAAUGAAAAAAUCCCAGAUCAAAAACUAAAUUCUGAUGAUAUGAGAGGUGUCUCUAUAAAAAAAAUUGAAAAAAAAUAUGUCAAUGUUGACGAUGAAGAAGAUGAUGUUGACAUCGAUGAAGACUUGACCGUGACACAGACGGGGAAUAUGUGUAUAUUGGCAGAAAAUUUGUUGUGUAAUAAAGGAGAAGAUGAAUGGUUAAUUGAUGAAGAUAGUGAUCACUCUCUUGAAUCCGAUUUAAAUUUCUCAACUUCUAAGGAAUAUAAGGAGGAUAAAAAUACUAAUUCAAAAUCAUCAAAGUUCGCAUUUGGCUCUAAAAUAAAUGAACCCAUUUCCAAUGUUAAGGAAACUAAAGAAGAAUUAGGUUUCCAGAAAGUUUCUCCAGAAACGACUAAACAUCUACAAAAAUAUACUAACUUAACUUUGAACGAAAUAUAUCGCCCACCACAUUCAAUCAUACCAGGUACAUCAUAUUCAAGCAGCAUACCAGGUCCAUCGGGUUCAAUCAACUUACCCAGUCCAUCGGAUUCAAUCAACUUACCUGGUUCAUCAUAUUCAACCAGCAUACCUGGUCCAUCUGGUUCAAUCAACUUACCUGGUCCAACAUCUUCAAUAAACUUACCUGGUCCAUCGAGUUCAACCAGCAUACCUGUUCCAUCAUGUUCAACCAGCAUACAUGGUCCAUCUGGUUCAAUCAAUUUACCUGGUCCAUCAUCUUCAACUAGCUUACCUGGUUCAUCAUAUUCAAGCAGCAUACCAGAUCCAUCAUGUUCAACAAGCAUACCUGGUCCAUCUGUUUCAAUCAACUUACCUGGUUCAUCAUAUUCAAUAAACUUACCUGGUCCAUCGAGUUCAACCAGCAUACCUGUUCCAUCAUGUUCAACCAGCAUACAUGGUCCAUCUGGUUCAAUCAAUUUACCUGGUCCAUCAUCUCCAACUAGCAUACCUGGUCCAUCUGUUUCAAUCAACUUACCUGGUUCAUCAUAUUCAAUAAACUUACCUGGUACAUCUAGUUCAACAAGCAUACCUGGUUCACCUUGUGAUUUUUCUUCACAUCAACUUCCUAGUUUACUUGAUGAUGAAGAUUCAGAUGAUAAUAAUUUGAGUAAAGAACAACAACUACUACUUUUAAGUAGUUUUUACAAUAAAAUGCUUAUGAAAGAUUGCGGUGAACAAGAGAAUAGUGAACUAAAUCAAGAUAUUGAAAUGUCAAAGUUAGAAGAUUGUGAUUAUAUUCAACAUUAUAUAUCAGAAAACACAAGUUUAAAAAUGUCUGAUGAAGAACCAGAAACCGAAAAUACUGAAUAUUUUGUAGAAGACCCAGAUAUUGUUAACCCCGAUAUAAUGUUCAAUAUUGAUCUUAAUGAAUAUUAUAAUGAGUUGGAUCUUUUAGCUUUAAAAGUUUUAAAAACACCUGAUGAUCCAACAGGAUUGGUUGAAUACAAUCAAUUGCCUCCUAUUCCUCAAAUUGAACAGACACGUCGAAAAUUUACUGAAAACGAACGUUUUAGAUUUGCAAAUGGUAUUAUGGAAAACGAGUAUCAAAUUGAUCGUGAUGACUGGAAUAAAAUAAUGGUAAAACGAUCUGUAGUAUUCACAGCUCAUGCUGGAUUUAGUAUAGCAAACGAAGAGAGCUUAUAUGUUUUAGCAGAUGUAGCUAUUGAUUACGUAAAAAAAUUAGCUGUUAUUAUGAAAAAACAUUUUGAUAUUCAAGCAAAUAGCCCAUAUCCAGAUAGUGUUGAUCCAAUUGAUAAUAGUCUUCAAGAGAUUGGUGUAAAAGGUGGUAUAAGAGAACUGAUUGAACAUUAUGAAAAUGAUGUUUUUGGUAGACGUAUCAAGCUUUUAAAGAAAUGUCAACAUUUGAAAAAGAUUAUUGAUCGCCAAAUCAACGAUAUAAUUAAACCCCAAAAUAUUAACCCUGAGGAUUUUGAAGAAGAAUAUUCAACUAACGAAGUAGAAGAAAAUGUUUUAUCAAAAGAAAUGGAUGAAACAACAGAAGAAGAAAAAGCUGAAAUUGAGUCAAGAAUUGAAGAAGUUAUAAUUGAAACACAAUAUUCUACAGAUGAAAAUAUAUUCAUAGAUACUGAAAUCGAGCAGAUAGAUCCUCUCUAUGUUGACAGUACAGAUAUUGAAGUGAAGAUAAAUAAUGGUCCAAAAAAUAUUAAAAAUAUAAAAACCAAUGCAAUGAAUAUUAAUGAUGGAAAGAUAAACAGUUCAAGAAUUCCAGCCUUUGAUAAUUUAAAGGAAUUUGAUCUUUUAAAACCUUUAGUUAAUCCUACAGAAUAUACUCAAUAUGGACAUUCUGGUGGAAAGGAAAAAAUUACCGAGUGCAAACAAUCUUGUGCUUCAGAGAGUGAUCCUGAUCCUCCAAAACCAGAAAAAUCAUUAGACCUAGGUACUCCAAAAAAAGUAAUGAAAUACCUCUACUCACCAUUAGAAGUAUCACCACAAGUGCAGCUAGAUUUACCUAUUGAAGAUGAAAAUAAUCUUGGACUUAGUAGAAUGACCGAUCAAUUAGAUGAAGAUUUCGAUACUUCGUUCACAGACGACAAUGUCCAAACAAUAUAUGUCCAUACAAUGUCUGAUAUUGAUGAGGCAAUGUCUUUGAAUGAUGAUAAUGCUGAUAAUUAUGUAGAUAAUACUGUUCAAAUCAUUCCUGUGGUUGAUGAUAAUGAUGAUUCUGAUUCAAACAUUGAUUAUGAUAUAAUCUCUGUGCAUUCUUUUAUUUAA